AUGCGUAACCAUUCCGACGACAAGUGCACCAACGAGGACUGGGCUCGUUAUGUCUCGCCCGGCGCGAAGAGCAAGGACCUCCAGGUCCAGCUUGCACUCUCCCUGAUCCUCGGCGUCUCGGCGCUCAUAACAUUCUGCAUUCUACGCCCGCGAUGGCCAGCCCUCUACUCGGCGCGCAAGAGGCGCCUCCAUCCCAGCAUGGACCUCCCGGCGCUACCAAAGACCUUCUUCGGCUGGAUGCCCAAGCUCUACAGCAUCACCGAGGAGCAGGUCCUCUCCUCGGCGGGCCUCGAUGCCUUUGUCUUUCUCUCCUUCUUCAAAAUGGCCAUCCGCCUCUUUUGCGUCAUGGGAUUCUUCGCCCUUGUCGUCCUGGGGCCCAUCAACUACAAGUACCGCCAGUACGGCAUCUUUCCACCCACCGACCCCCAUGAUGGUGACAACGCCACCGCGUACAGCUACCACCCGAAUUCGUAUGCCUCUGUUCGACUUCCCUUUAGCCCCUCAGGCGUCGACGACGACGAUGAACACAAGGACAAGAGCCGAGAGCGCGCCUAUCUUUGGUCCUACGUCAUCUUCACCUACUUCUUUGUCGGCCUGACCCUGUACACCAUCAACUGGGAGACGUUUCGCAUCAUCAAGCUCCGCCAGGAGUACCUGGGAUCCCAAUCGACUGUUACCGAUAGAACAUUUCGGCUCUCUGGUAUUCCUGUCGCUCUGCGUUUCGAAGCCAAGCUCAAGGCCAUGAUUGAAAAGCUCGGUGUUGGCAGCGUCGAGACGGUGUUUCUCUGUCGCGAAUGGAAAGAGCUGGAUGAGCUGGUCGAGGAGCGUCAGCGUCUGCUGAACCGCCUGGAGACUGCUUGGGCGCGAUAUCAGGAUUCACAGCACCCGCAGAAUAGUGACUUGCCCAUUCCAGACAACCCAGGCUAUUCCGAUGACUCCCGCGUGCCCGACACAGCUCGCGAGCCGGAUGAAGAGGCGGGCGAGAACUGGGGUCUGCUUCAGAGUAACCCCGAACAGCCGCAUCUCUUGCAUGGUGUCCGCCCGCAGGUUGUCCUUGGCCACGGCUUCCUUGGGCUGCGUCGGCAGAAGGUUGAUGCGAUCGACUACUACGAGGAGAAGUUGCGGCGGGCCGACGAAAAGGUUGUGGAGGCGCGCAAGCAGCAGUACACGCCGUCAGACAUGGCGCUUGUCACCAUGGAUAGUGUUGCGGCUUGCCAGAUGCUCAUUCAGGCCGAGAUUGAUCCUCGUCCCGGCCAGUUCCUGACCAAGGCGACCCCGUCGCCGUCGGACAUGAUCUGGAAGAACACGUAUGCGCCUCGCGGCGUCCGACGCCUCAAGGCAUGGGCCAUUACCUUGUUCAUCACGAUCCUCACGCUGGUGUGGAUCUUCCCCACCGCCUUCUUGGCCUCUUGGUUGAGCAUCUGCACCAUUCGAAACGUGAUGCCUGCGUUUGCCACCUGGCUGGAGGACCACGAGAUCAUCAAGUCGCUGAUCCAAACCGGAGGCCCGACGCUGGUCGUCUCGUUGCUCAACAUUGCGGUGCCCUAUCUGUACGACUUUCUCUCGAAUCACCAGGGAAUGAUUUCGCAGGGCGACGUCGAGCUGUCCCUCAUUUCAAAGAACUUUUUCUUUACCUUUUUCAACACGUUUUUCGUGUUUGCCAUUUCCAAGACGGGUCUGGACUUUUACUCGUCGCUGCAGGGACUGCUGAAGGACACGAGCAAGAUCCCAGCCAUCAUCGCGGCGGACGUGGAGAACCUUUCGCGCUUCUACAUCAGCUUCAUCAUGCUGCAAGGCAUCGGCCUGAUGCCGUUCCGCAUCCUGGAGGUGGGUAGCGUGGUGCUGUACCCCAUCUACCGGUUCCUGGCGGUGACGCCGCGCGACCUCGCGCAGCUGCAGAAGCCGCCCAACUUCCAGUACGGCUUCUACCUGCCGACGUCGCUGCUCGUCUUCAACCUCUGCUUCAUCUACAGUGCGCUCAUGCCCGGGCCGACGAUUCUCGUCUUUGGCAUCAUCUACUUUGCGCUGGGAUACUUUACGUUCAAGUACAUGCUGCUGUACGCCAUGGAUCAGCCGCAGCACGCGACCGGCGGCGCAUGGCGCAUCAUCUGCAGCCGGCUCGUCAUCGGCAUCCUCGUGUUCGAGGUGGUCAUGGUCGGGCAGAUUGCGUCGCUGUCGGCGUUUUUCCAGUCCGUGUCGAUCCUGCCGCUGAUUCCGUUCACGGUGUGGUACAGCUAUUACUUUACCCGGCGCUUCGAGCCGCUGACCAAGUACAUUGCGCUGCGGGCCAUCGUCACAGGCGACGGCGACGACGAAGAAGCCAUCGUCGACGAUGAGGAGGAGGAUAGUUGGGAGGAAGGCCAGGACCGGCCGCUGGCCAACGGGGCGUCAUCGUCGGGGCGGCUGCUGCGUCGUGGUAGCACCAUGGACGAGCUGCGGGAGCAGGGGCUGAGCUUCGUCAACCCGAGCCUGGUGAGCCCGCUGCUGAAGGCGUGGAUCUACAAGGACCCGCCGCCGGUGCCGGGCAGCGAGGGGUCGUCGCAGGCGGACGGGUCGUCGCGGCCGUCGCGGGGCUCGUCGAGGGAGCCGAGGCUGAUACUGCCGAACGCGGACAGCUCGUUGGGGAUUGGGGAAGAUAAUGUGUGGCGGGAGUCGAGGGAUGGGUAA